ACAAGCUGCGCGUGCGCGUUCCUCUUUGCCCUCCCUUCAGCCUCCUCCAGCUUCUUGCCCACAAGGGGGUGCACCCAAUGAACCAAAGGCUUGUUGAUCGACGGGCGGAGUCUGGGAGAAGCCUGCCCAAUGGGAAGCGCCGAUGAUGCGAGGGCGGCGAAGGAAGUGCUCACGUCGCGGGAUAGAGCGCCGGAGGAGGGAAGCUCCCGGCUUUGCGAGGCGGUGGGCGGCCAGUCUCGGAGCGGUCUCUCCCCUUUCAUCCGGAGCGAUGAAUUCGCUGGAACAAGCGGAAGAUCUCAAGGCUUUUGAAAGAAGGCUAACUGAAUACAUAGCUUGUUUACAGCCAGCUACUGGACGCUGGAGAAUAAUUCUUAUAGUGGUAUCAGUCUGUACAGCCACUGGUGCUUGGAACUGGUUAAUAGAUCCCGAAACACAGAAGGUAUCUUUUUUCACAUCUCUAUGGAAUCAUCCAUUCUUCACCAUUAGCUGUAUCACAUUAAUUGGUUUAUUUUUUGCUGGAAUACAUAAAAGAGUAGUGGCGCCCUCAAUCAUAGCCGCUCGAUGUCGAACUGUUUUGGCAGAAUACAACAUGUCGUGCGAUGAUACUGGAAAAUUAAUCUUGAAACCUCGGCUCCACGUCCAAUAACCCAUCGCUUCUGUGUUGAGGAUCGUGGAAUUACACCAUUUUCUUUCUUCACUACAACGAGGCCAAAAGGGACCGAGAAACAGGUUUUGUCUUCAACCUUUGAUGGAAAGCGGGUGAAACAUCUGGCGUCUCCCCAUCUUUUCUGCCCGAACUCUGUGUUAAUCCAUUUCUCCUAGGACAGUAUUACCGUUUCCUCAUCUCUAAUGGCGAGGGGGGGGGCAAGGCAGCCCCUCCAGAAACUCGUCUGCAUCGACAAUACGCAAGUCAUUGUAAAUAGAAAAAAACGGCUACAGUGUUUGUACUGCCAUUCGCCACAGCGUUGUUUUUUAAACCGGUGUGUCUGUUUGUAGAUCGCGAGCCCUUUACCCUCUUCCACGUCUGCGAUCCCGACUUGUUGACAGAUCACAUCCAGAGGUCGUCCGUGGUUUAUUCGACCCAUGAGUGGGUUGACACAUUGCCUAAUGUUUCAUUGCAAUUGGCUCCUCCUUUCUGACGGCAGCAACCUCAGUCGCCUGGAACUUAUCAGCAGAACGUUUUAGAGUAACGUCCAAGUCGUGACUUUUGAGUUAGCUGCUUCCCGCAGUUCUGCAGAGGUGCUAUACGGUGUAAAAGUUGGUUUCCUUUUUGGCUCUUCUUUGGACCCAGAGCCUCGAGUCACAUUUUGCAUUUUCUUGCUAAUGAUUAUAAAAUGUAAGCAGAGGAAAAACGACGGAACAUCGCACACAAAAUACUUGGUCAGGAUCAAGAAGCUAAUUUUUUUAAGUCCCUAGUUUUCCGCUUUGUGCAACCUGUGAUCUGCUCUGUUAUCCACAGCUUGCUGUUUUUUUUGGCUCUUCCUCUCCCGAAUUGUCCUUUUUUUUUCUUUUCCUUUCUGCAUAAAAAACAACAACAAUGUAUUGGAUUUGAAAUUGACGGCGGGAGAAUUCCACCGUGAAAUUAUAGUAUUGCUGGACUUGAUGCAAUGUUCUUUAUUAUUACUUGACGAAAAGAAGUGCCAGAAAUGUAACUGAACCAUUUUGCUGUUCUUUUUGGGUUUCGUUUUCACCCGGUGCAUUGCAGGACGCCCUCAACUGACCUAACAGAAUUGAAGAAUUUUCUGUAUUUGCAGUAGCCAUUUACAAAACCUUGUCUAGCGAUGACUGCAAAUGUGACUCCACACUAGAAGUGGAAACAGCAUCAUGGAAACUCAUACAAGAUGCUCUCAAACCAUAGUGCUCGGUGUUGAUCAUGGUUUAAUUUUAGUAGAAGUACUGGAGACAUGAAGCUUCCACUCUGAUGUUGGAAGUGGUCUCUUCGGUUGUAUUUUUCACCAAAAAUACCUGCUUAAGGAAAAGGUUUUGUACCCGCAAGGUCAGAUUCUAAAUUGCUUAGUGACUCUAGUGUUUCUCCAUAUAGGAAGUUUCUUAAAAUAACUCUUUUUUUUUUUACAAACUAUUUUAAUUGCCCUUGUUACACGGAAGUGUUAAAAUAAAAUUUAAAAAUGUGGCUGUUACCCACAGUGUGACUUUUAAAAUACCGACCCAGGAAUUUAAUUUUAAAUCCAUGCGCCUUUUUUUAAAAAAACGUACAAGCUAUUUUAAUAAGUGCAUUGCUCUUUUAAGAUGCAGCUGAGACCAAAAGGAUCCUCAACCAUGCAAGAAUUUAUAGGGGAAGAAAUCUCUUGGAUUUAGUAAUGAUGAACAUCGAAGUCUGAUUUUUCUUCUUUUGCUCUCGGAAGUGUCUAUUCCUUACAUCACCGUGGUUUUUAAGCAGCUGUACAUUUUUUGUAGGACUUGCCUUUUAAAUAAAUAUUUUAUUGUUUGAUCUUUUUUAAAAAAUGCAAGAGUGUUGGAAGUAAAACCUCUGAAAUCAUUAACUUCUGAAAAAAUUGCAAACUAUCGUGGUUUUCUGCAAUAAAAAAUGCUUGAAACCAAC